AUGACUUCAAUACCAGAACUCAAAGUUACACAUCAUUCAGAAGAAGAAUCUCAACUUCAUCGUGCAGCCACUGAUGGGGACGAAAUACAACCAUUUACAGGGGGGAACUUGGGCAAUGAAAAACUAAGACGAUCAUCAGAGUUUAGCCAGUCAGAUAAGAACAUUAAGGCAGACGAUUUACUCAACAAACUAACCAACACACAGUCCACCAAUUACCGUUUUAUCACAUUCACGCCUAAUGAGAAACAGGAUAAGGAUGUCAAACACUUGUACAAGAAACAAGUUGCCUUUGAUGACGUAAAUAUCCAGUAUGACGAUGACGAUAUUCCCGAUUCUGAUGAUGAUUAUGGGUGGGAAAUAUACAAGCGCAAACACGGCAAUAGUAGACCAGGUGCCAGUUAUAUACGUGGCAGAGAACCAUAUUCAUUAGGAGAAAGGUUGGGAUCACCCAUUGCCUCACCAGGGCGAAAUGCCUAUGAAGAAUUGGAUGGUUCUGAACUUGCCGAGUUGAAGAGGUUGGAGAAACAAGUGGUUCAUUAUCCAACGACACCAAUUACAACUAGAAGAUUUUGCUCACUUACUCAAAGACAUAAAUUAUAUGAACCAUUGUACAAUCUCAAGCUACUUCCGUUAGUUCCCAUAUUGCCACACCGAACGAUAUUAAUUUAUAUUAGUGCAAGACAACAUACUUGGGUGGCCUUGGACUGGAUAUUAAGCAAAUUUAUUGAGAAUGGAGACAAGAUUAUAGUGUGUGCCACGCUCGACCCUGAUGUGUUAGAAUAUGAGAGAAACAGGAUGGCAAGAAGAAGUCAACUUUCAUUAUCAAGAUCUCCUUCAAGAGGACCCGAUCCGUUGGAGAGAUUCAAACUGAGAAAUGAACCUGAUCAGAUUUCAAACAUUGCAAAAGAUCUUAUGGAUUACAUUUUGCAAGUUAUUAAUCCUGAUGUUAUUGCGAGAGUGACGGUUGAAUUAGUUGCUGGACGUACAAAGGAAGUGUUGAAGGACAUGUAUCGAUUGUAUGAGCCAAAUAUAGUGUGUACAGGGACAAAACCCAACAAGGCAGUUGGUGCUCCUUUGCGCUCGUGGAAUUCAUCCAAAAUAACCGAUCGAUUGGUUAAAAACUUUCCCUUGCCAGUAAUUGUUGUGCCUGCAGUCAAUAUGUGUAAUUUUGAGUACUCGUUGCAAAGUAGAAUCAAUGGUACUAGCAUGGAAGAGACUAUCAGCUCAAUUGUUGACGAGGACCAUAUGGGUGACGACGACGACGAUGAUGAUGUGGAAAGUAUAGCUUCUCAGGAGUCACACCAAAGCAACUCAUCUGCAACGUCUUAUGACUCGUAUGAGGAAAUUGCGCGAUUGUUUUUUAGUUACAACAAGGAUAUCAAGCGAAAGAUGAAAAAAUUGCAGCAAGAUCCUAUUAACGAUGCGUACUAUGUGAACAUUGCCAAGGCAAUAACCGACAAUUCAAUUGACCAAUGUUCUGACAUUAUUGCAGUUCAGCCUGAGAAUACUGGGCCAGGUGCUCAGCUAGCUAGAGUAAUCACUGGAUCCAAUUCUUUUGGUGUAAGCACCUAUAGAACCAAGUCGUUAUUAGCUCCGGAGGAGAAAAAGGAAGUAAAGAAGGAAACAUCAAAGGAACAUAACUUGUCAUUUAAAGAAGUUAGUGAGCAAUUGAAGCUAAAUAGGAUAAAAUCGACAAGUGUUACUCCAACACCAACACCAGAGCCAAGGUCACCUGAGAAAUCGACACUGCCAGACAUUAACCUGGCUAGUAAUGGCGACCAUUCAAGUCCUCCACCACAAACUUUGAAAUGGAGUAGUUUAGAAAAGCCAGAUAAGGGUAAGCAGUCGCUGUCGGAUUCGGGUUUAUCUCCAUUGCGUAAGUUCUUAUCGGAUGAUGCUAAUGGUACAACGAGGAACGGAAGUCGAACAAGUUUGGACAAGUUGAAGUUGGAACCAAGAAGAAGUCAACCGGGAAUGUCCGGCCAUGGUGGCGGUGGAGGUGGCGGCGGCAGCGGUGCCGGAGGUAAUGUCGACCAACACAACAACCCAGUUCAAGUGAAGCAUUUUACAACAAAGGAUAGACGAAAGACAUCAUCGGAGGGGCUACAGGAAUUUACUCCUAUUAUCGAUACUAUUAAACAAUCGGAAGUCAAGUAUUAUUCAUUCAAUGUCAAUACAUCUACCGGAUUAGGUGAAUACUACGAGUUUUUGAUCUUUUUAUCAGGCAAUAUAUGCACUCAACCCGAUAAUGUCGAUGAGGAUGAUACUAGUUUAGCUGUGUACUAUUCAUUCAAUGCCACCAUGUUUGUUGAUAACGAAGUGGGAAAGAUGCAGAUAUUUGAAGAUGGAUAUUUCCAAGCCUUGGCUGAUUUACCAAUCUACCCCACUACCACUAGCUCCAGUACAAAAGUAUCAGUGCCCACGACGACAGCAGUAGAUGACACCCAACGGGUAUUGUACAUUGCUGUGCGAGCACCGCAGAAUACAAAUACCACGGCUACUUGGACCUACCAAAUUGGUGUGUCGCAGAAUGAUUUGGUUUUCCAGUGGGAUGAGAGUACAUUUGGAUACGUGGUUGAUACCGAUGAUAAACUGGCGUUAUUUAUCACGGAAAACCUUACUGAAUAUAGUGGUGAUUGGGAGUCGCUUAAUGCAUCGAAAUCAAAGUAUUCGUUAUAUGUGUAUCCCUUUGAUGAGAGAAAUAUUUUUGACGGGUUGAGCAAGAGUUGGUGUGCCAUUAGGUCGGGUUCACCAAUUAUGGGGCCGUGGAAUAGUGAAAGCUCCUUCACGACAAGAAAUGGGGGGAUACAACAACAAUUUUACGUGCCCUAUUUAAAUGAACUGUCUACAUAUUUGGCCUAUAUCGUGGCUGAUUUCAGUGGGACCGAUUUUGGUGGCGCCGUUUACAAGCCCAUUACAUUUGAUACCAUGUCAGGACUGGCGUGUGAAUUGAUUUAUGAUUUGGACUUUUGUAGUCGAGUGGCAUAUAGUGUGCCUGCAUUGGGUAAUUUAACAUCGGAAAGUGAGGAUGAAAAGAACACAACAAAGCAAAUUUAUGACAACUAUGUCAAGAAUUUGUAUACCAAUUUUUCGAAAGCAUUACAACAAGUCGCUUGCGAUACCGUUCCCGAAUCAGUAUUUUCCAAUGUGAAAUCGUGCGAUGAUUGUGCAGAUAGUUAUCGAGAUUGGUUAUGUGCCGUUUCUAUACCGCGAUGUGCCACCAAUUAUACGACGGGGUACAUCCAACGUGACAGCACCAAUCAGCGAAACGAUUUCAUCAAGGAUAUAAUUCAACCAGUUGAAGAUUACUACGAAAUGUUGCCGUGUGUUAAUGUCUGUCAUGCCAUUGUUCGUGAUUGUCCGGCUGAUUUUAACUUCCAGUGUCCUACUCGCAAUGACAGUAUUGCAUUGAGUUAUUAUUGGGAAACCGAUACUGAUUCACAAUGGCCGUCGUGUAAUUAUGUAGGUAAAAUGAUGACAGAGAAGAGCUGGGGGUUGAAAUUAGCUGCAAAUUGGGUUUUAUUGGGCGUGGUUGUUCUUAUGCAGGUUAUAUAG